GUUCUUGCGCGAAAGCAAGUUCUCCUUCGAGGACCUUUUCUCUUAAAAUAAUAACCACACAUAUUAAAGUGUGCAUUAUGGGUACCGUGGCUUUAAAUCGUCAAAGAGACAAAACAGAAGAGUCUGAAGAGAUGCAACGGUGUCCAUACUUACAUGAGAUGAAAGAGCGUUUGCUCUCCCAGCCGACACCAACUGAUAGCCUGGACAUGGAACGACUUGACGGUGGUACUCCUGUUAAGGAGGCUAAUCUGCACAACGAUUAUCCGGCGCAUACAAAUCCAGGUGUGAUACCUGAACCUCCAGAAAUGCCACCCGAUUCUUUGAUUGGUACCGUUGUCAAGCUGAAUUCCGAUGGCUAUGGCUCGCACACAUCGCCAGCGCACGCGAGGCAGCCUCUAGUUCCACAGAAUUCGAAUAACCCACCCCUCUGUCUCACUCCUACGUAUUCCGGUCCAGCUAAUGGCAUGCUACCAAAGAAUGCGAAAACGUCGCUCUUCAUCAUCAUGAGCUUCAUCUAUUCAAAGCUACUCGUAGUUGUGUGCAUUGCUUACGUGAUAAGCGAAGUAGUGACGCACAAACUGCCGUUGUACUAUUACGAGGGAUUCUUCACAUACCUUUACGGCAUGAGUAUCCUAUUCCUGUUGUACGUCUUCUGCUUCCUCCUUCAAGAGAGCGCUUGUUGCGCGAGAGGAAGCGAUACGCCACCACCGCCUCCAAGACCACCCAAAACUGGCUGGGCCCCUAAGGAACCUAAAGACAAGAAUAAGAAAAAAGAUAAGAAAGAAAAGGAUCAGAAGCAGGAUAAAAAGAAAAAAGAAGCGACUACUCAGGAUACAACCGAUGUUGAAGCUGGCGUUGCUGCGCGAGUCUUGCGAAAACGAAAGACUUCGCAAAAUGAUCAUAGCCAUGGAAGCUUCUUCCUUAGAAUUGGUGCAAUAGCGUUUGGACUUGGUACUAUGGUAUACAAUGGUUUGGAAUUCGGCGCGUUUUUCGAGGUGCCACCUACAUCACCCUGUUAUCAAAUUCUACAAGGUGUUAAUCCGGUGUUGCAAAUGAUCUUCACUUUUAUGCAGAUGUACUUUAUCUUCAUGAAUUCUCGAUUGAAUAUUCAUCGCUUUAAAGUCAUCGCUCGCUUUGGUCUGAUGCACGUGGUCGCGACAAAUCUUUGCGUAUGGAUACGCACGCUGGUUCUGGAGAGUCUCAAGGAGAUCACUCAGUAUCACAAAAAACUAGGCCAGUUUCAGGCGGGGAUUCUCGAGAGCAUUAAACUGCACUCGAUGCGAAACGCAGGGGCCAUAUUGGGAACCGAGCCGCGCGACAUGGCGCAAUUGCGAGAGGCUCCUCUUACGAGGUCAACGACCGUCGCGCCGACCGUCACCAGCACGGUUGUGACAGUCGGCACUGCUCUGGGUCGCGUAAUGACAACGACAGCUAGAUCAAUCGCGGACGCAUUCACUUCACCGUCUCCAACAUCCACCUCGACCACCACUUGGACAACCCCGUCGACAACGCCUUCGACCACUACCUUCGCGUUGCCUAAUCUGACGACCACCACGGCGACAACUUUAUCCACUCUCUUGAGCACGUUCACACCAUCGACCACCAGCACCACCACCACUACCACUACCACUGAGAGAAUCACCACUAUCCCGACUACAACGAGCACCAGCACUACUACAACUACCACGCCGUCCACUACCACGUUAUGGUCGCAGAUGAUAGAACUACUGAACACCGCGCCACAGAGUGACAUAGACAACCAAGUACCGCAAAUCUUUGAUGUAAGUAAUUUAACAAAUAGCAGUGAUUACUGGAGUCCGAAUUUAGGUAUCUACGCGGAAGCCCUAACGGAGGAUGGCACGGUGUCCAAUUCGUGCGGACGCGUCAAUAUCAUGGGAACCAUCGUUCAGGAUGCGGCGCCAUAUCUAUUUCCAUUCAUAAUCGAGUACAGUUUGAUUGGAGCAGCAGUGAUCUACGUCAUGUGGAAGCAUAUCGGCCGACAUCCGCGUUGGCCUCAUCUGGCAGAGGCUGAUCUUGAACGUCGUUUAGAGGCUAUGCUAUCGCGAAGAGCUGUCGCUCUUGCUCAUGCAGGUCACACUAGAGUCGACUGCGUUGGAGCAAGCAAAGGUCUCUUCUUCGGUCUGCUUCUUCUGGUUGGUUCCCUGAUAUGCCUGAUACUGUUCUUCGUGCUGAUCCAUCACCCGGAGUUCGGAUUGCUCGCGAUUUAUCUCGCUGAUGUGUCUCACUGCGUCUUAAUGGCGUUAUCUAUCAUCGCCAUAAUUAUCGGCUUCAUUCGCGUGCAGAGUCUCAAGUUCAAGGCUGAGGAGCAAAGCGACCUCAAUGACAUCCUCCUGCGCGUCUCCGCUUUUGGUCUCUUCGUCUACGCCGUCUUUAGUGUGAUCGCUGGUUCCCUGGCGGCCUUCACGCACGAGCCAAAUCUGCUGGUGAUGGUGACGGGAUUGCUAUCGGUCGCCCAGGUGGUCCUUCAGAUGCUCUUCAUCGCUGAUGUGUCGCGCAGGCGAGUUCACCUGCCGGAACAUGAUCGCAGCAAACCUGGCAGACAGGUGGUUACUUUCCUUCUGAUUUCCCAGAAGGUUAUCGCCAAUCCGGUGCAGCUUGAUUUCUAUGGAUUUCUCGCUUGGGCUAUUGUGCAGAGGGUCACCUUGCCGCUGUGCAUCUUCCACAGGUUCCACAGUGCCGUGACGCUGGCCGAGAUCUGGAAGACUAGCUACAAGGCACGUCUGGAGUAGACGAGCGGGGAGUCCCGUCAUAGUCAAUCGUCCGGAGUGAUCGUCGGUUGGAACGAAAGAGCGAGCACAAGCAGGUCAGGAUGCUCGACGACCUCGAUCACAUACAUCGAUUUCAGGUCUCGAAAAAAAAGGUUUUUUUGAGAAGAGAAAGAGAGAGAGAGAGAGAGAGAGAGAGAGAGAGAAAGAGUGGAAGAUCGAUUGGGAAGGUCGACGGACGGAAAAAUUGCAAAAUGACGGAUCAGCCGGAAUAAACGAACAUAUGCAGCGUGUCUGACACGCUUGUUGCACGAAGAAAUCUUCGGAUGAUAUCCAAGUCGUUGAUAAUUGUUAAACAGUUCCAAGAAUUCAAGUUGGAAGUUGAAGAUAUAUCUCGUUGAGAAACCCUUUAUCGACAUCUGAAGAGGCACUUCAGUGAUACAAUCAAGGUCGAUCUAAUAUCCUCGAAGAGGAGCUUUCGCGUAAAGUGGAGCUAAAUAUGAUCGUGCCGAAUUGCAAAACUGUUUAUUUGUCUCCUGUUUUGUGUAUGUUGUAUUUCUUCUGUUCUUUUUUUUUUACGUUGUUAGCAUUGAUCAAUAGAGACAACAGGGAGAAGGACGGAUUAAUGACGAUCUGGACGAUUGACAAAUAUCUUGUCAAUCAGACAGGCUUUCGCCAAUCUCGGCGUAAACGAAGCACAAAACAACAAAAACGUUAGCGCAUACGCAUUUCCCUUCAUCGCGUUUCUCACCUUACACGAUCUCUAUAUACUGCCACUAAAUUUUCUACUUUUAUAUGUAUAACGUUAUAUGUACCGUAUAUGUACCCUCGCCCCAUUGUGCAUUAUCAAGAGCAUUGUAGACAAUUCGGUUCACUCGCGGGAAUUUAAAUUGUUCGAUAUAUUUCCCGAAAUUUUUCUUAUUUCAUUCAUUACGGAUAUGUCGGAUCGCUGUGAUAUACUUUUGUGAAAACUUGAGUCGGCGUUGGCGGCGAAUCUCCUUCUAUUCGUACGUUAACGUAUCUUUAAGUAAAUAUUUAAAUAUUUUUAUAAGUCAUCGAUAUUUAGCGGAUGAGAUUAGCGGAUUAGCCUCUAAGUUUAUCUCGUGUUUGGUUUACGCUUUCCGAUAUACGUAUAUCUUACGAGACGUUAAUUAAUUUGGUAUCAGAAUUCGCCGUAUCAAAUUAGCUGACCGUCGAAGCAAACGGUUUCGCCUUUCCAUAUUUUAUUGAAAUAAUUUCACGAUCGUAAAAGAUAAUGGGAGCUCUUAGAUUUGUUCAUCAAUGCACACGACGUGUGACAUAAUCAUCGCAAGUGGAACGAGCGAAAUCGUCGUGGUUGCAUUUUUCGCGGUCGAAGUUUAACUGCAGAAAUUUCAAAAGAGGCUCGACGAAGAACAGGAUAUAAUUUCGCGGCGUUAUUUGCUUAACGAAAGCAAAUCGAACGACGUUUCAGUCUCGCGAAAGAUCCUCUUGUUCUCGAAACGCUUCAUUCACACAAAUCGCGAGUGCUUCCUCGCAUUCAAGAGCGCGCAAUUAACGAGAGAUCCGUCUCUUCAAAAGGGACAUUUGCAAACGCAAGAUCUCCAUCGUCGUUUCCUGUUGCGUGCCGCAGAGUACAAAAUUGUUUUUGAAAUUUUACGAAUCCCUUUAUCGACACUUUUUGAAUAUUCGUUCACUUUGAAUGAACAUACCGACGAUAUCGUGUACCUUUGUCGUAUCUUCAUCGCGAGCAGUUGGCACACGGAGAGGCGCACAUUUAAAGAAUAACAUUGUACGAGGAGUCAAUGAGGAAGGAGGAAGGAGACCCGUGUUAGAAGCCAACACGAGCGAUAGUGUAUAGAGAAUAUUUUGUUUCAUACUCGCCGAGUACUCUGAAUGAAUGAUAUAUACUCGAAAAGCUUUCACGAACGUAAGCGGAAGUUACGCUCUAUGAUGCAGAUUAUGUGACUUUAAAACGUACGUAACAGCAGCGCGAAGGAAGUCAAUAAUGACUUUUGCGUUUAAAAAGGCUUAUUUUCGUCGAAAAGCGAUUCGUACGUAUUUGUUCUUUCAGCUAAUUAUUCUGACAGACGAUACGAUGUUUAAACGUCAAAGAUUUCCAUUGUGAAUGGCUUAAUUCUUUGAGGGGCGACGGUGCAGCUUGUAUACUUCACGUAUAAGUCACAGUAUAAUGUAUUAGGUGCCACGACAUUUGUGCGUUUCUAUGUUGGUGCGAUGUGGUUUAAUUUGUGAACUACAGUGCCUAAGUUUCGCUCUAGUACUGCUUCUCUCUUUCGGAGAUCCUGCACAAAAUACGCUGACUUUUUCAGCCCCUGAAAGAGUUAAGGGAGAGAAUUUCUGGAGGGGGGGGAGGGGGGGAUAGAAAAAAAACGAAGACUAUAAUCGGUUCACAUAAAUAAAGGAGCUCGCACACCACUCACGAAAAUAUAAGAGAUAAUUAUUGUCAUCAUUAUUGAUUAGUGUUUAAGCCUAUCUCAAAGAGAUCGACCUUUCGCAUUUACUUCGCUAUUGAUAUCGUAUGUAGAUCGUUGAGAAAAGAUAACGUUCAUCGUAUAGAGACUAUACUUUGUGAAUUCCUCCACAAUCCUUGUGAAAAUACUCCCUUCUCCUGAGAAAUAAAGCACACAUUAAAUUUUAUUUAAUAAAAUUUAUAAAUAUAUAAAUUUUAUUAAGUAAAACUUUUUUCGCGCAAUGAGAAUUAAACAAUAAUACACAAGACAUCUCGAAAUCUUGACAGAAAUCAUAAUUAUACACCAGUCAACGUCUUUAGCUUUUGAAUUUUAAUUAUUAGAAAUAAUAUAAAUAAUAAGAAACGCCCUCUCUCCGUGCGCGAAAUAUGAGAGAAAUAUUGUUGCACCACAAGCUUACUAAAUCAGCCAUUAAGGGUCGAUUAAACGUAAUUAUAAUCCAAAGACGAUAUUAAAAAGUAAACACAAUACAAAUAUAUAUAGAUAUAAAUAUAAAUAUAUAUAUAUUAUGAAGACUUGUACUAAUUUUGAUGUACGCAAUUGUAGUUGAAGUGUUGCGUGCAACAUGUAAAUAAUAAUAAUAAUUACUCUUUUUGUCAGCAAAUUAUUUAUUCAGCAGAGUGUCUAUGAAACGAAUGUCAUUACAUUGCCAACAGAGUAAUUCAAUAAAUCUUUAAUAUUUUUUUAAUUGUUAUUUUAAUUAUGCACAAAGUUACUGAAAGUAUAUAAGCUGAUUUUCUAAAAUUAUACGUGUGGCAAAAAGUACACAAUAUGUAUUUUAACUUAUUAUUAGAAAAAAAAAUGUAUAUAUCAGUACAAAGAUAAACGUUUAUGAACUUCUAUAAAUCAAAACAACACUCAUGCAUGUCUCAUAUUUCAGUCGUUAUUUAAAAUUAGAAAAUUAGAUUUAAUUAGAAAAAAAUAGAUGAAUCAGCUUGUAUGCACAUUAAUCUUUGGUUAAUUAUAGUUAAAUCAAUGUGUUUUAAUGUGUUUUAAAUUAAUGUUUUAAAAUUGUGUGUACUAAAUUGUUGAUUAAUAACACGUUUAUAAAAACACAUCAUCACAAACUCUAUGAGAGAUAAAUUUUAGUUAUUUGUAGAGAUUUUUUAAAAUCUUUUCGUUUCGUCAACACUCUGCACAAUUACGUCACAGAAGGCACAAAACCACAAUGACAACAUAAAGCAACAAUUUCAUUACGAGAAAUAAAUUAAUUAACAAGGCACUGCCACACCGGACCAACAAAGCCGAAACGAAUGAUAGAAGGGAUUCUAAGAUGGACAGAGAAAAGAUACGCGCAAAUGCAGAAAGAAAACCAGCAAUCCUUAAUUGAUGAUUUUUCGUAAAGAGAAAAACUAUAAAGAAGAUAUAUAUGAAACUGAACCCUUCCACGUUUAAAAAAUGUGAACGAGUGCGUAGUUCCAAUAUAUGUAUGCGUGAUUGAAGAGUGAAAAAGAGUGAGAAGAGAGAGAGAGAGAGAGAGAGAGAGAGAGAGAGAGAGAGAGAGAGAGAGAGAGAGCGAGAGAGAAAAAGAUAGGCAGAAGGAAGAAGAACGGAAGAACACGUGAAACGUUUUUCUUCGACAAACAACGUCUUUGUAUACUUUAACCCGUGUUGUAAGGAGAAAAACCCACGAUUCUCUUGUAUAUGUACAUCAAUAUCUCGAUAGUAGCCGUAAGCCUAACUAAUGAGUCGCGGAUUUGCGAUAGAAAAUGAAUGUAAAUGAGAUUCGCCUGAUUUAAUUGCAAAUUGUGCAAUGAUGUUAAUUUACAUCUUUUGCGUUUAUUUACAUUCAUAGAAUUAUUCAUGCAAAUUCAUACAAACGCUAUUUUAUUUAUUAUACAAGUUUUUAUUUACAUGUAACUCGUGUAUGUUUAUCACACGAUAAUUAAUGACAUUAUCAACCUAAUAAAUCGUAUAUAUACUACUCAACAUUUUGCAGCAAACAACUGAGAUUUUCUUUCAUAUUAUUAUGCGCGCAAUUUUAUUUCAAUUAUGUUCCAUAUUUACGGAGAAUGCGUUUCGUUUCGCGCAUGAUGUGCAUGAUGUAUUAUUUUAUCUUUAAUAUUCAGUGAACGAUUAGGAUGAAAUGAUAUAUUACGAGCAUCAUGCGUGAAAUGGAACGCACUUUGAGUUGCAUAGUAUAUUUAUAGCAACUUUAUACAUAUAUACUUUUAUAAUUUCACCAAGUCGCGAAUCCACAAGAAACAGAUGAAGAAAGAACAAAAGGAAUUUGCAUGCGUGCCGGAAGUAAAUCCGCGACGCAUUAUUAUUUAACAUAAUGUAGUGAGUUUUCGAUGUCUUCGAGUAUAAUUACAGUUUGUACACGUAUACACGCAGUUUUAAGCAACAGAAUGUACACACAAACACAUAACACACACACACACACACACACACACACGUGCGUACAAGUGACAUCACUCAUGGAUUUACCAGAGACACAUCGAGGAGGAAGCGAGGACAAUGGAAGGCACAGAACGGAAGAAGUUAACGUUUCGUCGGAGCAGGCGAUAAUGACAGGCGGAACACAAAGAAAUAAAAUAAAAUAAAAUACCGUAAAAGUAUAAAUUACAUGUUGUGGUGUAAGCAGUUCUUCGAAUGUCGAGUAGCGACGAAUACGUCUGUAAAUUCAUCAAUUCGCUCAUUCAUCGAUUCCUAUUUUCAUUGUAUACCGUUAAAACCAGUUUCAUUGUAACCCGAGUUACAUCGGUACGUCAUCGUUGCCGCAUCAUUUGUAACGAUACACGAUUAUAUUGGUUAAUAAAAGUUAUCUAGACGUAA